GGAUUAUCGAGGAAUAGACCGAGAGAUAAAGGAUGGUCUCACCUCUUAUUUAGAUCCGGUGCCACAAAGCAGCGAUAGUGGCAUCGACCAUGCCAACAUCAAUUGGCUUACUCAGUCCCUGAGUUUUUCGCUGACAUGAUUGAAAAGUAGGCUUCAGUUUCCUUUCAGAAUGGAAUUCGAACAGCGGUAUUCUUCCUUUCUGAUAAAAAAAACAAAGCCCUAAUUUUGUGUUCUUUCAACCACAAAUUAUGGAUUGAUUGGUAAAAAGGGUCGAAACAGAUGAAUCAAUUUUUGGAAAAAAAAUCAUCCGUUUCUCUGCAACAUAUCACAUGGGCUCUUUCACCAUCAUCAGCACUACUCUACAUCUCCUACUUUUGUCCUCCACAGUCUAUUGUGGACCAUUGUUUCAUGAAUUCAUCUACCCAAAUUUCACCCACUCCGAAUUCAUCUACAACUACAACACCCACUCCGGAGCUUUCUUGGCCUCUCGCAACGGAACCUUCAUGGCAACCAUCACCAGCCCAAACCCACUAGGCAGAGCCUUCUACUUGUGUGUCAUCCACGCUCCUUCCAACACCAUCGUCUGGUCCGCCAAUCGCAACGCUUCAAUCUCUGAUUCUGCCAAGCUACGUCUCACCGCCAACGGUCUCACCGUCACCGACGACGCAGGCAACGUGGUUUGGUCCACCGCGCCAUUUCACGUCCCUGAUGUUUCCUUGUUACAGCUUCAAGAUUCCGGCAAUUUAGUCCUGCUCGAUCGCUCCAAUGCUACUUUGUGGGCAAGUUUCGAUCAUCCCACCGACACCAUUGUUAUUGGACAGAAGUUACCCAUUGGUGAAUCACUGGUUGGUGCUGCGUCGGAGGACAACUUCACUGCCGGUGAUUAUCGGCUUACGGUCACCGGCGGCGACGCCUUUUUGCAGUGGAAUGGGUUGACUUAUUGGAAGCUGUCUAUGGAAACAUGGGCUUUCAAGGAUACAAAUUUUCCAGUUUCCUACAUGGGCUUGAAAUCGAACAAUGGUACUACAAUUACAAAUGGUCUCUAUCUAUUUGGGGACAAUGGGUCAACAGUUGUGAUUCGGAUGGACUUGGCGGAGUCUGAUUCUUUUAGAAUUGCAAAGUUGGGAUCUGAUGGUCAAUUCGUUGUUCAGAGAUUUGUGAGCACGGAAAACAAAUGGGUUCAAGAAUUUACAGGUCCUGGUGACAUUUGUCGAAUUCCAAUCGUUUGUGGCAAAAUGGGACUUUGCUCGAACGGAAUAUGUGGGUGCCCUACCAGAUUUCAAGGAUCUACUCAGAUGGACAGAAGAAGUGGAGUUUGCAGACCCUCCAACAGUUCUUAUUCCUUGCCGUCAGCUUGUGAUGAUAGUCAAUUGAAUUCUUCGUCCAUUUCGUAUGUGGAACUGGACAAAGAUAUCGACUAUUUUGCGAUUGAUUUUAUGGAGCCUGUCAAACACGGUGCUAAUAUGUCUGUUUGUCAAGAUCUUUGUUCUCAAAAUUGUUCUUGCUUAGGAUUUUUCCAAGAAAAAUCCUCUGGGUCUUGUUAUCUACUCGAAAACCAAUUGGGUUCCAUGACGAACUCUUCUUCAGCUGUAAAUGAUCGAUUGGGCUACAUAAAGGCUCUGGUUGUAUCUUCCUCUGCCAACCCAUAUGGUGAAAAGGAUAAAAAGGGAAAUUUUCCAAUUGUGGGUUUGGUACUAUUGCCUUCCUCUGGGUUCUUAUUAUUAGUCGUAGGAAUUCUUUGGUACACAAGAAAAAAAAGGCUUUCUAGAAAUGUCAUAGUAAAAUUAGGCAGCAGAAACUCGUUCUUGUCCGGAGAGCUUGAAACAGUCUCUAUCGAGGGUUUUCCGGUGAGGUUUGAUUACGAAGAGCUUGCCGCUGCAACUGAGAAAUUCAGCACCCAAAUUGGUUCCGGCGGAUUUGGUACAGUGUACAAAGGCACUCUUCUAGAUAAAAGCGUGGUGGCAGUGAAGAAGAUUACUAACUUGGGUGUGCAAGGAAAGACGGAAUUUUGUGCCGAGAUUUCUAUUAUUGGGAAUGUUCACCAUGCCAAUUUGGUUAGACUAAAAGGUUUCUGUGCACACAAGAGGCAAAUGUUUCUUGUCUUUGAGUACAUGAAUCGCGGUUCAUUGGAUCGUUCCCUCUUUGGUAAUGGAGCUGUUUUAGAAUGGCAGGAGAGAUUCCAGAUAGCACUUGGAACAGCUCGUGGGCUUGCUUAUUUGCACAGUGAGUGUGAACACAAGAUCAUCCACUGUGAUGUCAAGCCAGAGAACAUUCUCUUGCACGACAAUUCACAAGUGAAGAUUUCAGAUUUUGGGCUUUCAAAGCUGCUCAGUCCUGAACAAUCUAAAUUAUUUACAACUUUGAGAGGAACUCGAGGCUACCUAGCGCCAGAGUGGCUGACAAGUUCUGCCAUCUCCGACAAGACAGAUGUGUAUAGCUACGGAAUGGUAUUGCUAGAGAUAGUGAGGGGACGGAAGAACUGGACGUUACAGAUAGUGAGGCAAAGCACAGAAAACGAUAGUAAUGGUGGUCCAUCUUCUUCUUCGUCUGUCUUGGAACAUCGGCCUGUUUAUUUCCCCCUGUUUGCAUUGGAAAUGCACGAGCAGAAGAGGUAUUUGGAGCUUGCUGACCCGAGGCUUGUGGGACAGGUCACGGGUGAGGAAUUGGAGAAGGUGGUGCGUGUUGCUCUGUGUUGUGUGCAUGCAGAGCCAUUGCUGAGGCCGACCAUGGAUAAGGUUGUGCGCAUGUUGAAAGGUACACUACCAUUGAGUGAACCGCGGGUUGAGUCGCUCAACUAUCUACGGUUCUAUGGCCGGCGAUUCACGGAUGGGCCCGAUGGGAUGCCACAAGUAAAUGUGAGUUCUAACAACACCACCGGUGACCAACCUAAUGCCUACUCUUACUUGUCUUCCCAGCAACUCUCCGAUCCGCGGUAGAGCUCAAAGCUCAUUGCCGGUGUGGAUCUUUUGUUUUAUGUAGAGAAAUCCACCAAUGUGGGGAUGGUGAUACGAAUUUAAUUUAAGAAUAAUGAUUAGAAUC